AGUUACUUGUUUUUCUAUGAUUUCCAAAUCCUUGGUUUUCGUAACCGAGCUAAGAGCUACGGAAUGAUGAUGAUGAUGAUGACGAUGAUGAUGAUGAUGAUGAUGAUGAUGCGUUGCCUGCCAUUGCAGCGUUAAAAUGGUGUACGGGGAGUGUGGUGAUGUAGUUGCAGGAAAUGGUUAUACCAGAGGUUGAAAUUCAGAAAAUCUUGGUGAAUAUUUUAUUAUAGAGUGGUUACAGAGAGCUCAGAUAUGCUAAAAGUAACCAUCCUCUCUCAUCAGUACAAAAAUGUAUAAACUUCAUCUAGAAAAUGGGCACUAGUUUUGGUACAGUGAGAGACUUCAGUAUUGAGCAAUGUCUGCAGUAUAUAAUGGCUCACAACAGCAGCAGGUAUAUCUGCAACAUCACAAGAAUAGAAAUGAAGUUGCUCGACGCCGCUGGAAGAUCUUGGCUCGAGCGUUGCAAAAAACGAGUGACAUUGAUACUACUCCAAUGAAUGUUGAUGACAUCAUAUCAGUACGACGUUUCACAACAUUUAAUCUUGUAACAUCCAAACCUUUAACUCUAAACAACAGCUCCAGAGAUACUGCUGCAUCCUGGUUUGAAUACUCUGCAACCAUAUCACAGGAUACAUAUUCUUUGAAUAUUCGACAUCCUACACGGAGUUUCACUGCAGCUGAGCUUAUGGGAUUCAACAAUACAGGGAAUAUUUGUGUUUGGCCAUCAGAAGAAGUACUGGCUUACUACAUUCUAUGCAACCUAAAAUAUUUUUCUGGUAAAACAGUUCUGGAGCUGGGGGGUGGAAUGACAUGCCUUGCUGGGCUCAUGGUGGCCAAGUACACAGCAGCAGCCAACAUCCAUGUCACUGAUGGAAACAUAUCUGCCAUUGAUAAUGUACAGUUCAUUGUAAAGCAUAAUGGUUUAGAGAAUCGCAUGACAUGCUCUGUCUUGCAGUGGGGGGAUAUUCAGAACAGACCAAUUGAUAAGCAUAUUUCAGCGUAUGAUAUUAUCUUAUCUGCUGACUGCCUAUUUUUUGAUGAAGCUCGUCAGGAUCUUAUUGAAACUAUUUGGGCAUUGUUGAAUGAGGGUGGAACUGCACUUGUUAUGGCACCACGAAGGGGACGAACGUAUGAGAAAUUUGCAGAAGAAGCUAAAAUGAGAGGGUUUCAUUGUAAGAGUAAGCAGUAUUACAAUGAACAUGUUUGGAAUAGGCAUUUAAAAUUGAAACAGAAUUGUGAUUAUGAUGAGAAUAUUCAUUAUCCAAUGCUCCUACGUCUUAGAAAAACAUAUGGUGAAAAUUCUCAUGAUAGCUAAAUUACCCCUUUGUCUUUUAAUUUAUAUCAAACAUGUGUAUGAGAAACAUAAUUGUAAAACAAAUUAAACUCUUAAUAUUGAAUCUGAUGAUGUGCCAUGAAUGUUGCCAAACAUUGCCAGAAACCAGUAUUUUCUUUACUUGCAAUAAAGCAGAUUUAGUGUUGGAAUCACAAAAGAAGUGUAUAUAGUCUUGAUUUUGUUUUGUUGCAAAUGUUCAUUCAAGGACAGGCUGGAAUAUUUGGGUACUUUAUUCUGCAGGCAGCUGCUGGAGCUAGGUCAGCAUGGUUUUCCAUGACCCAUAUAAAAAGAUAACUUGUUUAGCCAAAAUAUCCUGGGGUUUGCCUGUGCUGUCAUCUUUUCAUGAAUACUUGUUAAAUCAGUUAUAAAAAUAUUCCUUAUACUGCUGCUUAGUUAAUUUGCAACUGCAAUUUUUUUUGUUAUUUUUUUAAGUUACUUUGAUCUGUGUUUUUCAUUUGUGAAUGAGAAUGAACUAAA